UAUGCGCUCGACGGUGGCGAAAGUGAUGUGGAGGUAUAAAAACCGUCCGGGUCUCAUCGACAACAAGCAGUUCACUUCUUGAACGCACAGAACAAACACACGAGGCAGCUAUGAAGCCAUUGCUGUGCAUCGCGAUCUUAGUCCUCGCUGCAGUGGCACUUGGUGCCGAGGCCGAGGAGAAGAAAGCAAUUGACGCUGGCGAUAAGAAGCAAACCAAGCGUGGAUUACUCGACUUGGGUUACGGAUACGGCGGUGAUUUCGACAAUGGAUACCAUGUUGGAAUUGGUGGACAUCACGGACAUGUUGAACACUUUGGACAUCAUGAUCAUCAUGACCAUCAUCAUCAUUACUCCCCGAUCAACCUAGGUCACCAUACCGAUGUGGAGAAGACCAUUACUUACUACAAGGGUAUCCCACAACCCUACCCGGUGUACAAACACGUCCCGGUACCAGUGACGAAACAUGUUCCAGUCCCAGUGAAGGUACCCGUUCCACAGCCGUACCCCGUUGAGAAGCAUAUCCAUGUUCCAGUUAAGGUCCCUGUCAAGGUACCAGUACCAGUGCCGCAACCCUACCCGGUUGAGAAGAUAGUGCACGUCCCAGUCAAAGUGUACGUGGAUAAACCAUAUCCAGUGAAAGUUCUGGUCCCACAGCCGUAUCCAGUCGAGAAACACAUUCAUGUUCCAGUCAAGGUACCCGUACCACAACCGUACCCUGUUGAGAAACACAUUCCAUACCCAGUUAAAGUACCCGUACAUGUUCCACAACCCUACCCAGUCUACAAAGAAGUACCAGUACCUGUAAAGGUACCAGUUGAUCGUCCAUACCCUGUGCAUGUCCCACAACCAUACCCUGUCCAUGUAGAAAAACGUAUUCCAGUCCCAGUAGAGAAACCAGUGCCGUACCCGGUGAAAGUACAUGUUGAUCGUCCAGUACCAUACCCAGUGGACAAACCAUACCCGGUUCCAGUUAAGGUACCUGUACCACAACCUUUCCCUGUUUACAAGCAAGUCCCGGUACCAGUUGAGAAACCAGUGCCCUACCCGGUGAAGGUACCAGUUGACAGGCCUGUGCCCUAUGAGGUGAUCAAGCAUGUUCCGGUCCAUGUUGAGAAACCAGUACCUGUUCCAGUGAAGGUACCUAUUCCGGUACAUGUCCAUCAUGAACAUCAAUACGAACACCAUGAUCACCACUAUGACCAUCACGACCAUCACGGCCACUACGAUCAUCACUACUAAAUAGAUAAUUUAUAAUUGUGAUCCACACUGUGUGUGCGCUUCUUCAUGCUGAGAAUGUGUGUCUUUUUUCUUCUUCUUGACUUGACAUCGAAUAAUUCUUCAUUUUUGUUUUUGUAUCUUUAAUUUAUAUGUUUUAUAAUAAAAAAAUAUUCUUUA